AUGAACUAUGCACUUUUUCCUGGCUACUUCGCCGAUGGUUAUAGCAGUGCCAGUGGUAUUGCAUUGGAGUACAAUCCUUGCAGUAGAGUGUGCAAUUGCGCAUUGGGAAGCAUUGGCAUCCCAUCCCAGUCCUGGAAAAUAUUGUUACUUUUCCCUGCCUUUGGUUUUACCCUACUCGGAGGUACUAUUUUCAUCAACAUCAUAUCCCUCACCACAAUUCGCCAGCAUUCAAAACGAAGAAAGGACCUCGUCAAGACCGAGAGUCAAAGCGCAUCGAAACCAACUUUCUGCGACAUCAAAGCUGCAAAGACGAUAGGGACGCUGACAGUGGGUUUCACCGCAGCUGUCUCGCGUCUAACCCCCAUCGCGGUGUUUGUAGUUAGAAACGUCUUUGGCAAUAAGUGGUGGUUUUCAUUCUUUGCUUUUUGGAGUUUGACCACGAAUGUUAUUAUAUAUAGUGUCAGAGACCAGAAGUUUAGAAACCGAGCUUAUCAACUACUCAUAUCGACUCGUUGA